AUGCCUUCCCUACGCAGUGUUUUACAAAAACGAAACGCGUUGACUGAGGCGUCUUCACAAACUCCGAUCGACACUGAAAAGUCUCAAAAUGCCCCCUCGUCCCCACCACCGCCUCCCGAGUUCACCUUCUUGCGCACCGAUACCCUUGGCCAAGAAGAGAUCCUUCCACCAGCACACCCCGAAGAGAAACAUGCACACACAGGAACCUUGACUGCCGAAUCCCCCAUUGAGAGUCCAACCACCGCUCGCCGGAGCUUCUUCUUUCCCAAGUCCAACUCGUCGCAAACGCUUUCGACGCCAUCUCCACCCCGUACGCGCGAGCGUCGCCUGUCCAACCUACUGCACCGCAACAGCCGCAGAUCUUCCCAAGAGACAUCUUCAAAUAUCCCCGAGGGACUACCCCAGAUCGAAGAUGAUCAGGUGGCAGAUAAGCAAGAGCGCGAGGCUCAGUGGGAGAAACGGGCGACGGUACUAGUACAAAAUAAUCCCCAUUUUGGUCUCUCGCUUUCCUCGGCGUCACAGGCACCGGGAGAUUUGACGGUACCAGGUGGCGGCCCUCCAAGGUCCAGAAGCUCCAGUCACAGCCGGAUUGGCGAUCAUCAGGAUGAUGUCAAUAUCCAAGAAGCGAUUCGUUUACACGAGGAAGGAGAUCUGGAGCGGUCCACCACGAUGUUUGGCCAACUUGCGGACCCCAACGGACAUAAUAAUCCGCUUAGCCAGGUCUUGUACGGUCUGGCUCUCCGACAUGGUUGGGGGUGUACAAAGGACGAAGCUCGUGCUGUCGAAUACCUUUCAGCAGCUGCCACCAACUCGGCAGCGGUGGAGUCGGAAGCUCUUCGUGCUGGCAUGAAGAAAGGUGGCAAAGCCAAGGGCGAGCUGGUUCUCGCCAUCUUUGAGCUAGCCAAUUGUUUCCGCAUGGGCUGGGGCGUCAAGAAAGAUCCCGCUGCCGCAAGACAAUACUACGAGACGGCGGCCAACCUGGGUGAUACCGAUGCAAUGGACCAAGUGGCAUGGUGUUAUCUUGAGGGAUUUGGUGGGAAGAAAGACAAAUUCAAAGCGGCGAAAUACUACCGCCUUGCCGAAGAAAAUGGGAAUCCCACUGUGGGAAAUUCAUGGAUCUGGAAAGAAAAAUACAAUCCCAAGUGA